GCAUUUUCAUCUCUUGCAUUUUUUGUCUAACAGUGUCACCGUAAACAAGGAACUAUUUUGGAAGAUUUUCGAUAAAAUGCGGUUCGCGAUCUUCGUGUAAUUUUAUAAAAAUUAACUGUUAGUAAUCAAGUGAUGAAAGAUGAUAAACUCUGAGACAAUAUUGCUUUUAAUAUUGUUCGUUGUAAACAUAACCGCUGAUGGUGUGGAUAACCGAAUUAAACGGAACGUCAUUCAUGGCCCCAUUAAAUUGAUCAAUGAACCGGCUUGUAGGGAAAUAAAGAAUUUGUGCAGCAGUUUACCGGACGACGCAGAUGAUUUAAUAGUUCUCGAAUGUGUACAAACGUUUCUUACAUCACAAAUUGAGGGUCUGUCGGACGAAUGUCAACACUCGAUUUGGUCUCAUACGUCAGAGCUUCUAGAAGACGUCAACGUGGCCAGACUGACUCAAAAAGUCUGUGCAAAUGAUCUAACUAAAUUGAGUUGCAAAGUAACGAAAGAGCCGGGGCACAUGUUGGCCUGCUUACUGGACCAUCAGAACGACAUUAAAAGUGCUGGAUGUCGGAGCGUCAUCCAAAAACUUGAAUGGGUCGCAUUUUCGGAUUUUCGACUAAUCGGACCAUUUGUACGAGAUUGUGAGAGUGACAUUGAAGCGAAUGGCUGUGGACGAUUGAGCACCGAUCGGAAUACCCUGUCCCAGGGUGAGACGUUAGCUUGCUUACAAAGCAAGAUCGACGAUUUAACGAAGGAAUGCAGGAAGGGAAUUUUACGUUUGUCUGAACUACAAUCUGAUAAUGUGAGGCUCGAUAAAAAAUUAUUCCUAGCGUGUACAGACGAUGCACGGCGAUUCUGUCCGGACAUCAGGCCAGGAACGGGUGCUGUGUAUAAAUGUUUGAUUAGAAAUAAAAAUGAUCAAACAAUGUCGUCUCUGUGUAAGGAGCAACUACUGCGACGGGAUAAACUAAUUGCCCAUGACUACAAAGUAAGCAAGGGUCUAGCCAGAGCUUGUAGAGAGGAUAUUAAGAACAACAAAUGUCGACGAGGUGUCUCCGAAGACAAAGAUGUUCGACUAGCACAAAUUCUGUUGUGUUUGGAAGCAGCAAGUAAAAAUAAUACAAAAAUUUCUCCGGAAUGUCUGGCCGAAAUGACGGAUCACCGGAAAUUGCUGAUGGACGACUUUCAACUCUCUCCGGAAAUUUUAACGGGUUGCGCUGACGACAUCACAAAGUUUUGCGACAAUUUGGAGGCUGCUGGUAAAACCAUUCAUUGUUUGAUGGAACACGCAAGACCGAAGAAGAAAAAGGAUCGUCGCAUAACAUCAACGUGUCAAAGAGCAUUGGAAAUGGUCAUAAAGGUGAGCGAUGUGGCAGAAGAUUGGCGUGUUGAUCCAGUUUUGCGAAGUGCUUGUAAGCCAGUCGUUGAUAUAGCUUGUCGUGAUGCUAACAGUGGUGAUGCUCGAGUUAUGUCUUGCUUAAUGGAGAAAAUCGGAACAGAUUUCAUGACGUCCGAUUGCGAGGUUGCCCUCAUGCAAAUACAAUAUUUUGUGGCUCGUGACUUUAAAUUGGAUCCACAAUUGUACAGAAAUUGCAAAGCUGAUGCCAUUUCCCUUUGCCAUGCUAAGCCGUCAUGGGAUGACGCUGACAAUGCUCCAAUGGAUCCCGAUAGGGGACCAUUAAUUUUACCAUGUCUAUACAGAAGUGCCUUUCACCCAGAUAAAAACGUUCAACUAAAACCGGAAUGCUUCCAGGAAAUAAAACGUGUAAUGCGACAACGUGCCAUUUCAGUUGAUCUAAUUCCAGAAGUCGAAGAUAUGUGCAUAGACGAUCUAGCCAAUUUUUGUUUCGAUAAAACGCAAAAAGGUGAAGAAAUGCAAUGUCUGCAGGACAAUUUAGAGAAACUGAUUCAGAGGUGUAAGACCGCUGUCAUAACCUAUACCGAAGAGGAAGCUGCACACAUUGAAUUGAACCCAAUCAUAAUGUCCCAUUGUCGCAACGAAAUGGAACGGCACUGCGAUUCGAUAUUGAAAAGUGGAAGAGAUGAAGGCGAAAUGAUGGAAUGUUUGAUUGCGCACAAAAACGAUCCGGAUUUCCGACAAAACAUCAAGUGUCGUGCCGUAAUCGAACACUUUCAAAUUACUUCGCUGAAAAAUUACCAUUUCACCUACAAAUUCAAAGAGGCGUGUCGACCUCAUGUGAUGAGAUUCUGUCCCAACAGUAACACGAAGUAUGAUGUGGUGGAGUGUUUGAGUGAAGUAAUGCGAAAUGAUACGCUGAAAAGCCAACGGCAUACAAUACCGAAAGAGUGCAGACAGCAAGUGCGCGCUCAGCUAUACCAACAACGGGAAAAUAUUGAUUUUGAUCCGAAACUGAAAAGUGCUUGUAAGGAGGACAUAAAAACAUUUUGUUUGAAUGUUCCGAACGGUGCUGGUCAGGUGAAUAAGAAAAAUGUAUUAGAAUGCUUACAAAAUCAACACGACAAACUAGGACCAACAUGUCGGCACGCAAUUUUCGCCAUUAGAAAGUCAGAGCUCACAGAUAGUGCGACCGAUUACACAUUAUUGAAUUCCUGUGCGGGAAUGAUACGACAAUACUGCCACGAAACUGAAACUUCUAAAACAUUGGAAUGUCUUAAAAUACAUAAGGACGAGCCACUAUUCGACGGUGUGUGCAAAUUGGUUGUCGUGAAUCGCAUGAUUGACCAGAACAUGGACUACCGAUUCAAUCCGAUGCUACAGAAUGCGUGCUCAAAAAACAUCGCCGAAUAUUGCACAAAUAUCGUAGCGUCCGCGAAACAAAAUGAGGAAUUGAAUGGCAAAGUGGUGGGUUGCUUGAAGACCAAAUUCCGUGAAGGAAAGUUAACUAAAAAGUGUGAAGAGCAAAUGACUGAAGUGUUGCACGAGCAAGCUUUAAAUUAUAAGCUAAAUCCAUUGCUGAAAUCUGUGUGCAAUGCCGAAAUUGCCAUUCUGUGCAAACCGAAAGAUGAGGUUGAAGAGUACGGUGAAGUUGAGGAAUGUUUGAAGUUGGCCUUUUUGAAUCAUAAAAUUAUUAGUCAUGAAUGUAAGUUCGAGGUAGCUACGUUGAUUCAAGAGGCCAAGGCAGACAUUCACGUUGAUCCUCUUCUACAACGGGCGUGCACCGUGGAUUUACUGAAGUAUUGUUCGAAUGUGCCUAGCGGAAAUGGAAGAUUACUCAAAUGUCUUCAAGUGAUACUCGCUGACGAAUCGAAAGCAUUGGAACCGGAUUGUAAAUCGAAAUUGGAAAAACGAAUGGAAAUGUUUCGAAAUGCAGCGCCGUUGAUCGCCCACGCACCAGAAGACUUAGGGCAGCUUUAUUCACAGGUAGCUACAUCACCAGCUCGUCGUUAUUUUAUUGUGUUAGGGAUCUCAGCAGUUGGGUUCACUUUUAUUUUUGGUAUGUUUUUCGGUCGUCUGUUCCGACGGCAAGGCAUAUCAAAAAAUAAGUAAGGCUGAGGCGAAUAAUUUUUUUUUUCUUUUUUGAAAACUCGAAUUUGGAUCGAUUUGUAAAAUUUUGAUGAAAGAGUAUUGUUUUCUUUGACUUUGAAUGGAAUAAAGAAUUUGAUUUUUA